UCCGUCUCAAUGAUUUGUGAUGGCCUCUACUUUCACUAGUUGAGAUGGACGUGUUACUACACCACUGUGGUUGCUUCACUCCGGCUCGGAUGUGACAAUAGCUCUCUGAGCCGCGCUUUUAUUGGCUGAAAAAUGGAUUAACAAAAAUAUUCUAUGGCAUUGAUACUCUAGUUUCUUUCUAAGCCGCGCAUCCGUAGCUAAUGAAUAAUGAAAUGGACACAACUCCGAACAACAUGGAUCUCACCGAAGAAAAAAUUGAAAAGCUCUACGUAGGCUUCGCGAAAAGAUUUAGACUUGAAGAGCUAGCCAAAGUACAAGGACAACAUGAAGGGGCUAUCUUACCCCUUGAAAUCCUCGAAGAGAUGGAAAAUACUCCCAAAAACGGCCUGGCAUACAACCUCAAGAGAGUGGGAAAAGACAUCCGGAAAUAUGAAGGCGGUAGAUGGACCGCCUCAGAAUCUCUCAACAAGAGUAUCAUUCCCGACCUCAAAAGAUACUACAUCAGCCAAAUACAAAGAUGCGGACCGACUUCGAACCUCGGGUCACGGCAUUACCGAAAUUUACGAAACACUCAAAUUUGUAGCAGAAAGAGGAGGAGACCCUUCAGACGAAGACCUCCUCUUGGAGAGCAUUGCCAAACUUCGACGUCUUGCAAUAUAUGCAUACGCGACAGCCAAACAGAUGGACACCGAAGCCCACAUCACCGCAGCCAAAGCUCUCCAAUUACCUGAAUCCCUCAAGCAUAUCACAGAGGAAGAUGAAUCCGGGAAAAGACUCACCUUCGAUAACGAACUCAUCGAACGGAUUAACAAGGCAAAGUACGAUGAAUCUAUCCUACGCGCAGCCACCUGUAGACCAAACUCAGCUUUCAAUAAGAACUCCAGUUCAAAUUUCCAUAAAGUCAUGGAACCCGAACCAUCGGCAGAAUUACCGAGGAAGCAAUCACCGAAACAAUGCCAACAACACAGUUAACAAGAACGACAACCUUGGCCGCCUGGAGAUUAUCAGGGAAAUCAAGGGGUCAAAGGGCAUUUCGGAAGAAAUGAUUAAGUUUCUGGAGGGAAGUCAUCGCAAAGGUACUGUACGCACCUACAAUAGUGCAUGGUUAGUUUGGAGAGACUGGUGCCUACAACAGAACCCAAGGA